CUGAGUAUUUUUGUUGACCUAAGGGGCAGUUAUGGUUGGAGAUGUCAAUAAUCUAUUCACAAAAUUCACAAAAAGAUGAACAAAGAUAAAUUCAACAUCGAAGACGCAUUUGAAUCGGACGAAGAUGAAAAGAUUCGGGUUUAUGGCGCUACAAAACAAACACCUGUAAAAGGUCCCAAAAAUAGGGAGAAAAUCAGCUCUACCUCCGAUGAAAUACCUUUGACGGAAUGUCAGUAUGACGGUCAAGGCUACAGUGAACAGCAGUUGAUGGGGAGCAGCCAAAAACCAGGCAACCCACUGGCGAGGGCAUCCGGAGUCUCUGAUCACACGAGUUGGUCAGGGGAGACUGUAGUAUCCUCCAAAUCGUCAAAGGAGCCACGGUGGUGGAGACAUCCCAAAAUUAAAGAGAACUACAAAACAGUUUGUGGAGCUAUCCUAUUGACUGUUGUGGGAGCCGCCUUGUUCUUGGUUGGGAUUGGUAUCGUGGCGUCACCAGAUCGAGGUCUCCACUGUUUAGUGUUCUUUAUUGGGGGCGUGUUGUGUCUUAUUCCAGGAGUGUAUCACGUGGUCUAUAUAAUUCUAGCUAUAAACGGCGUCGGUGGAUACAACCUGUAUAAUUUACCUGUGUUCAACACAUAGCAAAGAUUGUUGAUCGCCUAAAAAAAAAUUGUUCAGUGCUGUGUCAAAAAAAAGAUUAAAUAUGCUGGAUAUUUGAUUAUGUUCAAUGACAACUCACAAAAAAGGAAUGUUCGAAAAAAAGUAGGACAUUGUGUUCACCUUAAUUUUUUGCAAUAUUAUUUAUAUUUACACAUUGUUCAGAGGUUGUAUUUUUCAUUUAUUGUAUGAGAAUUUAUGUCAUCUAUCACCUUAUUCAUGAUUUUUAUGCUCUGAUUUGCGCAGCUUUAUAUUGUUUAUUAUUUUUUUGUUUACACUCCGUGUUAUUAUUUUAUUAAUUACAUGUAACUAUAUUUACUUGUCUAUAAUUUCUUAAAAGUAAAUCUGAUUAUUUAUUUUUCUCUUGCAACAUUAAUGAGAUUAAGUUUUAUUUGUUUGAAAAACUUCAAGAUUAAUACACGUACAUGGUGUAUAGUAAAUGCAGGAUUUUUAAGAGGUUUCACAUUAAUUGGAUUGAAUAAAAUUAAUUUGGAUUUCAUUUUACUUUGACCUACCAUGAGAACCAUAUAUGCAAUGUUAAAAAGGUUUUUUUUCUUAAAUUGACACAAAACGAUGUUUGUUAAAUAUAUAUAAUAUCUUCAUUUUGAAAAAAAAAUUUAAAAAAGAAUAUGCUAGAGCAAAUAUGGUAUACAUAAGCCUUCUGAAGGGCAAAAGCUCAAAAAUCUUUAUAAGGAACAUGUACAUGUAUUUAGCUCAAUGUUUAGUCGUAGUACAAUUCAUACAUGUAGCAUUAUCUACCGCUAAUUGGUUUGCCAAAAACGUUGACCAGUCAUUAAUACACGUACUUUGAUAGACAGAAUAAUACUGCUGUAGAAAUUAUAUUGUAAUUAUUUUAUUUUUAAGUGCAUUUAGCACAAAGUACAUAUAAAUUAAAACACAAAUUUAGACAUUGCAGAAGGUUGAAUAUGCUUGCAACUACAUUGUUCAAAGUAGUUUUGGAGUAAUAUUCUAAUUUUAAAUUGCAAAGUAGAUUUUUCAUUUUCCGGUUUUUGAAUUAGUUCGUUUGGGAUAUAUUGGUAAUUUAAAAUUCUUUGAAUUGCACUUCUUAAAGGACUUGGACACGAUCUGACUUAAAAUUUUCAAAUUUUAUUUUUCCAUUUUCAAUGUUUAUACUGAUGAAUAUAGAAAUUCAUAAUGCUAUGUCAAAAUUUGAAAGUCAAAUAUCAAGUUAUAAGCAAGUUACAGAGUUCAUAAUUCUUUGUUUUGUAAACAAAGCUCGAAUAUUUUAAUUUUUACAUAUGUGUUGUAUUGGUGCAAGUUUCAAUCAUAUAUAUCUUUCUUUUGUUGAUAAUAGUAUUUAUGAAGAUACUGAAUUUGUAUAAAUUGUUUUUACACGUAAUUUUGUCUAAGAAAUGGUAAUUCUCUACAUUACAUUUUUUGUAAACGACUAUUAGACUCGAGCUUUGUUUACAUAACAACCAAUUCUUACCUCUGUAUCUCGCUCGUAACUUGACUUUAACGUUCAAAAUUUUGGUCGAUCAUUUAAAAUGCACCAGUAAACCAUUUUACACAUAAAAACUAAAAAUAAAAUUUUUGACCUCAAAUCAUAUCCAAGUCCCUUUAAAGAAUACGUUUUCGUGUAUUUUUAGCCAUGCCAGUUAUUUCAUCUUGCACCCUCAAUAAAGAUGUUUUUUGCAGACUCGCACAACUAAUAUCAAAUUGAUACUAAUCGGAUUAGUGCUCAUGACAACUUUAAAUUUUUUUAAUGUUGACUUGAGAUCAAUUUUCUUGCUGCAGGACAUUUUCUAAUGAAAAAAAUUGUAAGUGUCAAAUUUUUUGGGUUGGUAUUUCGCUCCUCCUUUUUAUUGUUGUUUUGUUGAUAUUUGUGCCCUUUUUUGUGACUUCGAACAUCUGUGAUAUUUACAUUCUGUAACCACUGACCAAUAGAUUACACUUGCUGUUGGAAAAUGUUUUGUCAUAAAAAAAUAGUUCUAGAAAAUAAAAACUUUGACGAGAAAUACAU